CACACAGUCCACAUUUCUAGAGGACACCGACUGACUCUCAGGCUCCCUCUAACAUUUUCUGUCGAGCUCGGGUAACAAAACAAGCGGAGCGGGAUCGAGCCGCUCUCCGGACAGACCUUCACAUUACCCCCGGAGUUUGUUCCUCUCUUUAUUCCCGUGGACGUCACUUCACGCGCACAACAGCUAUACAAGGAUACAAGUUAUUCACAGCAGCACAAGAUCCUAGAAGAUGGGUUCAGUCCCAGCGAUAUCUGUCCUCAUUUUGGGCAUUGUGGUUCCAGCACUGGCCGGCUACAUCGAGGCGCUAGCAGCGAAUGCAGGCACAGGGUUUGCCGUGGCUGAGCCACAGGUGGCGAUGUUCUGCGGAAAGCUCAACAUGCAUGUCAACAUUCAGACCGGCCGCUGGGAGCCAGAUCCAUCAGGUACAAAGGGCUGCGAAGGAACCAAAGAGGGCGUGCUGCAGUACUGCCAGGAGAUGUACCCUGAGCUCCAAAUCACAAAUGUUGUGGAGGCCAACCAGCCAAUCCGAAUCGAGAACUGGUGCAAGAAGGAGAAGAAGGUGUGCAAAGGGCACUCCCAUAUCGUGGUGCCUUACAAAUGCUUAGUGGGCGAGUUUGUGAGUGACGUGCUGCUGGUUCCCGAGAAGUGCAAGUUCUUCCACAAGGAGCGUAUGGAUAUGUGCGUCAGCCAUCAGCAGUGGCACGGCGUGGCCAAAGAGGCCUGCUCCAAGAGCUCCAUGGUGUUGCACAGCUAUGGCAUGCUGCUGCCCUGUGGCAUCGACAAGUUCCACGGCACCGAGUACGUGUGCUGCCCCGCCUCUCGUGGCGGGGAGUCCGCUCCCCCCUCCCUGCAGUCCCAGGAGGACGACGAAGAGGAGGAGAUAGAGGAUGAGGAGAUUGAUGAGGCCGACCUGGUUGAGGAGGAGGACAGCGAGACGCCAGCUGAUGAGCAGCCCACACAAAAGGAGGAGCCAGUGGACCUGGACGAAGAUGAGGAGGAGGAGGAUGAGGAGGAGUACCACUACGUGUACGAGGACGAGGAGAUGGACAAGGAGGACGAGGAUGAGAAGAAAGAGAGCAACAAAAUGUCAGAAAGCCAAGAUGACGAUAAGGCUCUUCAGGAAGUCAAAGCGGUGUGCACCCUGGAGGCUGAGACUGGCCCCUGUCGGGCGUCUAUGCCCCGCUGGCACUUCGACAUGAGCCUGAAGAAGUGUGUGCGCUUCAUAUACGGCGGCUGUGCCGGCAACCGCAACAAUUUCGACUCAGAGGAGUACUGCAUGGCCGUGUGCAAACGCCUGAUCAUGCCACCCACUCCCCAACCCACCGAUGAUGUGGAUAUCUACUUUGAGACCCCGACUGACGACAAAGAGCACAGUCGCUUCCAGAGGGCAAAGGAGCAGCUGGAGAUCAGGCACCGCAACCGCAUGGAGAGGGUAAGAAAGGAGUGGGAAGAGGCUGAUCGCCAGGCUAAGAACCUGCCCAAGGCUGAGAGGCAGACAUUGAUCCAGCACUUCCAAGCCAUGGUGGAGUCCCUGGAGGAGGAGGCAGCCAGCGAGAAGCAGCAGCUGGUGGAGACUCACCUCGCCCGAGUGGAGGCCAUGCUGAAUGACCGGCGCCGUCUGGCCCUGGAGAACUACCUGGCUGCCCUGCAGGCCGACCCCCCCAGGCCUCACCGCAUCCUCCAGGCCCUGAGGAGGUACGUGCGUGCCGAGAACAAGGACCGCCAGCACACCAUCCGCCACUACCAGCACGUCCUGGCUGUGGAUCCUGAGAAGGCUGCUCAGAUGAAGUCACAGGUGAUGACCCACCUGCGUGUCAUUGAGGAGAGGAUGAACCAGAGUCUAUCUCUGCUCUACAAAGUACCUUAUGUUGCUGAGGAGAUUCAGGAUGAAAUAGACGAGCUACUCCAGGAGCAGAAAGCUGACAUGGACCAGUUCCUGUCGUCUAUUUCUGAAUCACAGCCAGAUGUCACCGUGUCAUCAGAGGAGAGCGUGGAAGUCCCCGUGCCUGAGGGCAAACCCUACCGCCCCUUCCAAGUUACAUCCUUGGGGUCCCGUUCAGAGCCAGAGGGCGAUCUAUCAGACUCCCCACGUGCCUUCAAGAAAGGCUCCGCCAUGUCUGGGUUAGAUGGUCUGAUAGGUGCCGAGGAGAGAAUCAUCAACAGCAAACCCAAGAUCAGCAAUAAUGUGGUGAUUGAUGAGUCUCUGGAUGUUAAAGAAGUGGUUUACAGUGCAGAGAGAGUCAGCGUUAUGCAUGAUGAUGAGCUGGAGACAUACCGCCCCCUGGGAGAAGACUUCAGCUUCGGCAGCAGCGCACUGAUUGGUUUGCUGGUGAUCGCCGUAGCCAUAGCAACCGUGAUUGUGAUCAGUCUGGUGCUGCUGAGGAAGAGGCAAUAUGGCACCAUCAGUCACGGCAUCGUGGAGGUUGACCCCAUGCUGACACCAGAGGAGCGCCACCUCAACAAGAUGCAGAAUCACGGCUACGAAAACCCCACCUACAAAUACCUGGAGCAGAUGCAGAUCUAACCAGAGCCAACAGGGGGCGCUGAGGGGGAACAUACUACUGACCAAUAACAUAUGCUAUUGUUAAAAUCAUUUGCAAACAUCCAAACUCCAUUUACUGGUUUGUUGAAAACAAUCCUUAAAUAAUGCUACUACUUCUACUACUGCUACUAUUGUACUAUAGAGCUCUUUUUUGAUCAUAUUCUUUUGAAUAAGGUGAUGUAUCUGCCAUUUUGCAUUAUGGAAAAUGUGAUUCUGCAGGUUUUCUCUGUAAUUAUGAAUACAGCUAUCUCAGAUCAAGAUGUAUAACAUUUCUUCAGACGUUUUUUUAAAGUGAACAGCAAAUCAAGCAAAAUUUAAAAUCUUUUUGAGCGGCCAUCAUCAAAGUGGCAUACCAGACACUUAAUUUGUCCAUCAUGCGAGUGUCAUCCAUGCAGUUUCUGAUGGUUUUCUCUGAAAGAAUUGGUGUUUUUUUUUUGUUCUUUUUCCUCUCGAUAGAUUGCUUGUAUAUGAAGGUUCUUUGUACCUAUUAAAAUGUAUAGUGAAACAACAAAUGAGAAAAAAUGAAAUCAUGGACUAUUUACUUUCUGUUCUUUGUUAAUAUGACAGACAAAAAUAUACAUAUACAGUUUAAAUAUAUAUAAAGUAGAUGUUUUUAUUCCACCUUGUUUCCCAGUUGGUUUAGGGUUCUCUGCUUGGUGGUCAUGAUUUGUGUUUGCAGGCACACGGUAAGAAAGAGUCGAGGGAGGUGUGCACAGACCCCCAGCUCAAACACAUCACACAAAACCUUCUGCAAACCUUUACUCAGUGAAUGUGGUGAUGAUCCUCGUUUACACACACAAACACAACCUUUCAUGGAGCAGAAUUAACAAAUAGACAAAGUCAUAUCCAUUAAGAUGUGUUACAUAGUUGAAUGUAUUAUGGAAGUUUUUUUUCCAUACUAUGUACCAGGUUCCUACGUGGCUUUCUUUUGCAUGCUGUGUCAUAAACUUUGUGACAGCCGGCGAUGAAAUGCCACAGUCAUAAACAAGUGUUUUUGUUAUUUUCUUUGUUUUUAUUUUUUUUUUAUUCUUACUUUUACGUAGCAAAAAACAGAAAGCUUCUUAUAAACAAGUGUUGGGUAUGAUGUGUACAUGUUAUUGCAGCAACUGUUGACUUUGCUGGUCAAAAAGUGCAAACUAGUCUGAUGGAUCUAAACAUGGCCGGCCCCAGCCUCAAGUGAAACAUGCAGCUGACUCCCAAAAAAUGGUCAAAACUGUUGGUGCAAUAUCUGAUAUGGAGAGGGAGCUAACACCAAACAAAUAUCCUUCUGAACCUGACUAAACCAGCUUUGGGUAUUAAAACAGAUCAUUUUUAAGUGGCAUAAAUCCUGAACAGUGGCAAUCUUGGUUUGGGAUUCUCCAUACCCAGAAAGGCCAGGGCCGGUCCAGAAUAAAAGCCAGCUGAGGACAACUUGGAGCUGGAGGGCUGUGCAGGCAGACAGAGACACACAGGAAGACAAGGCUUGGAGAGCUGGUUUUUGAGAAAAAUAAAUAACUAGCUUGUGUAUUUUUGCGAGUAGAGAAUGACACAAACAAGUGAACUGAGUCCUAGAAUCCUCUUUUCUCUCUCUCUCUUAGUAUUGUCUUUGUAUGCCUGUAUAGUUGAUGUUGCAAUCAUGGCUUUUUUCCGGAGGAUUACCUGUGGUGUGCAUUGUUCUUUCUGAAAUGAUAUGAUGAUGAUAUAUAUUUUUAAGUUUGUUUUCUAUUUUUUCUCUUCCUGUGACAGUAUCUCUGUAUGUGACUGUCUCACUAUGCACCCAAACGGCUUCAAUCUUGUAACUGCCUGCUUGAUUGUGGGAGGGGGCUGGGAACUAAUAGAAUAUGCAUAUUAGUGAUUUUAAAAUAAUUGAUUGACACAAUGGAAACCGAUUUAUGGUUACAGGGGGGAUACACAUCAAUAAACUCACAACUUCCAUAUAA